AUGAUUCCUAUUAUGAUUUAUGGGAUAAUGUUUUUUUAGAUCAUCAAGCCCGAAUAAAUGUUAAUGCUAAUCAUCCACGAGCACCUGCUUUUUUAUCAGAACAUCAAGAUCAAUUGUCAUCUAAUUUAAUAUCUUUUCCUCCAUGGCAACCUUCCUUUCCUUUAAUUUCUCUCAGUCACCAAUUUCAAACUGAAAUUUUAUAUAUGUUCCCUUGUGUCUCUCGUGAUAUCAACUUAGAAUAUGAUCUUUGUAGAGCUUUUCCAUAUUUGUCACUUACUGAACAUCCUAAUAAAGAAGGCUAUAUCGCUGUGUGUACUUCGUGUAUAUCUAUUGCUAAACGUCAUAAUGCACCAAUACUUGCUCCUAUUCCAGAUGCUCUAGCAAAUAUUCCGAUAUUUUAUCGCUGUUGGCUUUCACCUAUUCGCUUAAAUUGCUCUCUAGGAUGUGCAGAAAGUGCAAAUUGUUUUACACACUAUCGCCAUCUUACAGGUACAUUUGGUCUCUCAAAAAAUCUUCGUGCAUUACAAAUUUACACUAGGAUGUUAGGUGCUAUCUUAGAUUCUGCACCUAAUGAUAACUGGUUUCAUCUAUCUUUAUUAGAUGCAGCUAACUGGUUGAAAGUUAAUAAUCGAUUCUUCAUGCAAUUUGAUCAGAUGUUUUCAUCAAUUACUUUUACGCGUCCUCCGAAUGUUUUUCCUACAGCACAAAUAAUUAAUGAAGAAAAU